GACGUAUUUCCUGAUACAGCAACAGAAAGGAAGGUCCUCUCUAUGGCGGUCAGAUGUCCAAGUGAAGGCUGUGAAUGGAUUGGAGAACUUAAGAAUAGGGAGGAUCAUCUUAGGGAGUGCCCUAUGUUCCGAGUAGCAUGUCAUAACUACUGUGGUCUUUUGAUCACCAGGGGAACGGUUCUUAUUCACGUUAGAGACGAAUGUCCGCUAACCGUAGUCUCCUGUCCGUAUGCAGGCAUGGGCUGUGAAGCUACGGUUUCUAGACAAGCCAUGGAAUCUCAUCUUAACACUGCUAUGAACCUUCAUUUGAAUUUAGCAAGCGUAAGGUUUCAGAAGACAAUAGUUGAGUUAGCAGAAACAAGGAGUCAGCUUCAGGCGACAAGAUUACAACUUGAGAGAACAAAAGAAGAGCUGGACACAACAACAUUCGUCUGGAAGAUUGGUGGUUUCGGUGAGAUUUUUAGACAAGCAAUGGCAGGACGGAAUCAGACUAUAAAUAGCGAUCCGUUCUACACGAAAAAUGGAACCGGACGUUACGGCUACAAGCUAAAAGUUCGAAUCUCCCCAAAUGACCAGCGAACUAGCCAACUAUCGGUGUUCAUUAUUGUAAUGAAAGGUGAAUAUGACGCAAUACUACCCUGGCCUUUCACUAAGAAAGUGAAGUUUACAUUGAUCGAUCAACAGGCAGACCUCGACCAACGGAGGAACGAGACUGCGGAGCUCUUCGAACAAAAUAUCUCAAACUUUGCAAGGCCUGUCACAGACGAAAACAGAGGGAGGGGUAUUGUGAAUUUCAUAUCUCAUCAAGCACUUUUUACCAGACGUUACAUUGUGGAUGACACUUUGUUUCUACAGGUUGAAAUAAGCAAGCCGUCUAACUGAGUUCGGGCUCGUUUCGUGAAGUCCUUAUUUAGCGAAAAAAAUAGACUUAUUUACACCUCAUCAGAAAAAAGACCGCUAAUUAGUGAUCAUAUAAAAGGACCUCUUGUUGUAGCGCUUAGAUCACCCUGAUGAAGGCACUAGACAGGAGUGUCGAAACAUUGGGUCUAUGAAUUGUAACUUCUUCGGUUAAAUUCAUUUCUGCAAACCAGAGUAGCAUCAAACCAUGUCUGAAAGUAGACUUAUCUUUUAAAUAUGACCUUCGCAAAUUUCUUGACUGGUUUUUUUAUAGAGGGCCUCCAUGGGUUUAAUCGAUGGCCGUUCAAGGGCCAAAAAAGUUAGCCUCUAAGCGUAAACAAUUGAAAAAUAUUGACAUAGUCAUAAAAAAAGUUAAUAAAUAAUA